AUGGGUGAAUGGAAAAAUGACAAGCGGACUGGAUUCGGUGUUAGUGAACGCAGCGACGGGCUUCGGUACGAAGGCGAAUGGUUCGCAAACAGAAAAUAUGGUUAUGGUGUUACUACUUUCCGCGAUGGCACAAGAGAAGAGGGCAAAUACAAAAAUAACGUACUCAUAACGAGUCAGAAAAGGAAACACAUGUUCCUUAUGCGCUCCGCCAAAUUCCGCGAACGAGUCGACUCGGCCGUCAACGCGGCGCAGCGUGCCUCAAAGAUCGCCUUACAGAAAGCUGAUAUAGCCAUAUCAAGAACCUCCACUGCCCGAGGUAAAGCGGAACAAGCCGAUGAAGCGGCAGACCAAGCAAAAGAAGACUGUGAUCUUGCGCAAACUACUGCAAAACAGUUCGCUCCAGAUUUCAAACACCCUGGCUUUGAUCGAAUAGGAUUAAGAGACAGAUACAGACAAAAGCAUUACGAUGCACAAGUCACGACACCCGUAUCACAAGAAUCUGAAAAGAUCUUGGACUCAAAGAGCAUUCCAAACCAUAUCCCUCCGAUGCAUUCACAGCUCCCUAAUGCUAAUAAAAUGCCCAAUGCGAUGCCUUCAAGACGACCUUCUACGCAAUACCCCAAUACACAAUAUCCUAAGCCCGCUUUAUCUACAGAUCCAAGACUCGCGAACAGUACUAACUACAGUGCAGACAACAGGGUACUUGGACCUACUUAUGAUCAAUAUUAUUCACCCAAUCAAGAUAACUGGUCAUCACCAAAUACACAACCACAAAUGUUAGAUAGUCAAAAACAAUACUUACAAAAUGAACCAAGUAAUGUCUAUGGAUCUAUUCCUCAAAGUGGCCAACAACAACAGCAACAGCUUCCUGCAUCUUAUCGUUUAAACAGGCAAGACGCGUUGCAGCAUCAACAAAGUAUGGACCAAAGCAGCCAGCAAUAUAUAAACCAAGGUCGACGACUUUCAUCAACGGUACGACAAAAUCAAAAUCAAAGACAACCUCAAGAGUGGAGUACCGCUCAAAAUCUCCCAAGGCGGCAAAGCGUGCUCGCACAACCGAACCACGAUACUCAAGAACAUGUCUUCGUGGAUGGGGGUACAGCUGCUUACGGAAGAAACGAAUUCCGAAGCGGCACUGUAUAUUCCGAGGGACCACUGGAUAGAACACAAAUGCCAACGGACCAAGCUUAUCGGCAAACAAUGGAUCAAGGGUAUCGGCAGCCACUAGAUCAACAAGGAUAUGCUCGACCAGCACCAGAUCAGCAAAUGUACCGCCAAGCUCCUCCAGAUCAACAGGGGUAUCGACAGCAAGGGCCUACAGAGCAAGACAUUGUCAAUGGAAACAGGCCGUCUGGCCCACGGCCAUCUAUCGAUUACUUUGAUCACUAUAAAAGACCACCAAGUAGAGACUCGAGUGUGGACCGCUUUGGUAGGCGCUCACGGCAGCCGUCUGUGGAAGCCACGGCACCUAGCGGAGGGUCACGUGCGGGCUCAGUGGCCCCGCAGCCGCAGCCGGCACCCGCGUCGCGCCCUGCUUCUCGUGCAGCGACUCCAGCAGGCAACGGUCAUUUGACUUCCGGCCGUGGUUCCAUUUCUCGAGCCGGCUCGCGAGAACCACAACCUUUCGAAGAUUCUCUCCUACGAAAGCGAACGCUUGGGCAAGAAAUAUCACCAUCACCAUAUCAGCCGAAGCGCACUGAAAGCUUAUUCGUGGCGCAAAAUCCUGCCCCACCUCCAAUUUCAAAGCCAAGCGGUGGAGGCGGCGGAGGCGGAGGCGGAGGUGGAAGAAAGAGCACUGUGCAGGAGUCGUAA